GGAUAUCAUGGACCUCUUCAAGGCUUAUAUGAUGGCUGGCACGACCAUGGUGCGGCACAAAAACGUUUGGGGCAGCAUAACGGACCUCUUUGACCGCGACUUUUUCGGCACGUUGCCGGAUACCAAAGAGGCUGAUGUUGCCUUUAUAUUGGAUGACUUUCCAAACCUUACAAGCGCAGAGUUCCUUGAGAUAAUUCUUGUCUCCCACGACAUGGACUGCUACAUCCAGGGCCUCAAGGCAGAGGAUGGCGAGGAGCUGCAGUUGACCAAAACAAAUUCUGCCUUUUGCCAUGACCAUGCUAGCGGUCCUACCUCUGACUCUGAGGCCUGCGACGGAUGGCAGCCAACAUCAAGCUUUGCUCUUCCCGUGUCGGCCUUCAAAGACAAGAUGUGGAAGGCCAUCGCGUACAGCGAUUGGAACUCUGAUUAUGCAGUGCGAAGAUUGAUCUUCAAGGGGCAUCCAGUUUGCACCUCCUUGAGCACCUUUGAGGAAGAGAUCCCCUUGGGCAACAUUUUCAUCUCCAUCGAGCUUUCCCUGAAGCCACAGAUCAAACCCAUUGCAUGGAUGCCUGGGCAAAAGGUGCAAGCCGAUACCUACCCUUGUAAGA